AUGGCGCUUCGAGAACUCUACCAGCGGCCCCACCUUGAACUGCUCGGUGCCUCUGUCCUUGGCACCCAUCUUCUGGCCAACUUCAAGCUCAAGGGGGCGCCGCCCAAGCAGGAUACCAGCAGCACCUUGCAGCGUUUCACAGGCUACUUUUUAGUUGGAACGAUCACCAUGCACGUGGUCCACGCCCGCGUCUUGCCGUGGUACUACGACGAUCCUGCCGACCUGGCCGCCAUCUACGACAGCUUUAGCGUUUACAAACCAUUGGCCCUGCCCCUUUAUUCCGGUCUACUCUUGGCGGGCACCUAUCACACGUACAACGGCAUCGUGACAAGCCUACGCCGCUUGCUUGGUGUACGCCUCGGCAUGCUUGGCAUUUCGGGCCAGCUGUAUCCCAUCUACUCCUUUUCCUUCCGUCUGCGUCGCUAA